CAUUUGAUGGUACUGAUGUUGCAGACAGUUGGAUAAAUGGAUGGAGGCAACCAGACUGAAGUCUCUGAAUUCCUACUCUUGGGGAUCUCAGAUAGUUCUGAGCAACAACAGGUCCAGUUCUGGAUGUUCCUGUCCAUGUACCUGGUUACAGGGGUGGGAAAUGUGCUCAUCAUCCUGGCCAUUGGCUCUGAUCCCCAUCUGCACGCUCCUAUGUACUCCUUCCUGGCCAACUUCUCCUUCACAGACCUCUUCUUUGUCACCAAUACAAUACCCAAGAUGCUGGCAAACCUUCAGUCUCAGAACAAAGCCAUCUCCUAUGCAGGGUGCCUAACACAGCUCUACUUCUUGGUCUUCCUGGUGACACUGGACAACCUCAUUCUGGCCACAAUGGCAUAUGACCACUAUGUGGCCAUCUGCCACCCCCUCCACUAUGUCACAGCCAUGAUCCCUGGACUCUCUAUUUUGUUCCUCACCUUGUGUUGGGCACUUUCUGUCAUCUGUGGCCUUACCCACACCCUCAUUAUGACCAGAGUGACCUUCUUUGGUUCCUGGAAGAUCCACUACAUCUUCUGUGAGAUGUAUGUCAUGCUAAGGUUGGCCUAUUCCAACACCCAGACCAUUCACAUACUGCUGAUUACCACAGGCAUCUUUAUCUUCCUGACCCCCUUAGGGUUCGUGAUCAUGUCCUAUGUCCACACUGUCAAAGCCAUCCUCCGAAUGCCCUCAGCCUCUAGCAAGUACAAAGCCUUCUCCACUUGUGCCCCCCCCAAUUUGGCUGUAGUCUCCCUCUUCUAUGGGACACUUGGUAUGGUAUAUCUGCAGCCUCUCCACACCUACUCCAUGAAGGACUCAGUAGCCACAGUGAUGUAUGCUGAGGUGACCCCCAUGAUGAACCCUUUCAUCUACAGCCUGAAGAACAAGGACAUGCAUGGGGCUCUGGGAAGACUGUUCCUAGGGAAAGCCUUCCAGAGGUUGACAUGA